GCAGUUCACCAAAACAUCGUGCCUCCGAAUGCCGCCCAGGUGAAUUUCCACAGGGAGUAUCUGACCUCGAUGGACACCCCCCGGAAAGGAUUUUUCCGCCGAUUCCUCCACCGCCAGUCGGCAUCGAAGCUCCCGGAAUUCCUGACCGUUCCGGUUGGGGAGAAGCUCCGGGAAAAGCUGAGAGGCAUCAACAUUAGCGGUGAUCAGCUCCGUCUCGGUGGUCUCAGCCCUCCGCCUCCAGAUCGGGACCCCACCGCCAAGCUUCCGUUAGGAAUCUCGGUCCCCAACGCGAAGAAGAUUCUGAGGCUUUCUCAGGUGGAGAAGCUGAAGGCGAAGCUGAGGGAGAUUCCGGAAACUUCCAUUUCGCGAUCGGAGUUCGUUCGGAUCUGCAGCGAAGGAUGCGAGAGCGAAGAGCAAGGUGCUGAGUUCGCGAAGAUGAUGGACGAGUCCGUAAACGUUAUCGUUUUGGGAAACGUAGUGUUUCUCCGGCCGGAGCAGGUGGCAAAAUCGAUGGAGAGCAUAAUCUCAGAAUCCAUGCCCAUCCCAAACGAUCCAAGAAGAAGAGAGCUGCACCAGAUGGAAACUCAAAAGAUGUUAAUUGACCAAAAAGCCAGGGCCCUGGUACGAGGGGAGCUCUACUGUGGGCUGGUUUUUUUGUUAUUUCAAACGAUCGGGGCCAUGAGGCUCACUUUCUGGGAGUUGAGCUGGGAUGUCAUGGAGCCCAUUUGCUUCUUCGUCACCUCCAUCCACUUCGCCUUGGGCUACGCCUUCUUUCUCCGGACAUCGACGGAGCCUACCUUCCAAGGGUUCUUCCACCGUCGCUUCAAGGCCAAGCAACGGCGGCUCAUGGAGGCUCAUAAGUUUGAUGUCCAAAAGUACAACCGGCUCCGAAAAGUCUUUUAUCCAAAUUUGGAUCAUUCGACGUCGUUUCAUCAGGAAGAAGGAAUGGUUAUGGGAUUAACGUAGUCGGCCUAGGUUAUUUAUGUUAGACCUAAAAAUCAAACAAAUUUUGACUGCAAAGAGUAAUGUUUGUUUCAACAAGCAAACCAGUUGGCUUUGGUUUAGAAAGUAUGGUUCGGGUAUGUUUGGACGAACUGUCGAGCCAAAAAUCGGCGUUUGGCGAUGAGAAACUCGAAAUCUUGUACAGAGGUUCAGUUGUCAUCAUCCCUUGUGUAAAGUAAAUUGACUAGUUGAAUGUUAAGCAACUUUCUUCUUCAUGUUAAAAGGGAGCUUGUAAUUGUUUUGCAAAUCAUGUAUUAGGAGAUUUGACUACAAUACUUGUAUGUAUCUAGUACUAUCACUUUCUAAUGGUCAGAUAUUAAAAU